AAAGAGAGAAUGACACGCAAAAAAAUCUUUGUCCUUGAUUUACGUUGGUAUCUGUUUGCCUUCGUUUUGUUUUGUUUUGUUUCCACCGAUCUCUUUUCCAUUUUUCUCAAUUCUAAUUCCAAUCAAACCCUUCUCUUUCAUGGCUUCAUAGUUCAUCAUUCACCUCUUCCUUCCUAAUCAAAAUGUACUCUUUCAAAGAUAAACUCACACAGAAGUUUUCCGAUCUCUUUCCCACUAAUUCUCCAACCACCUCCUCCACCUCUUCCUCAUCACAGGCUAAUUCCUAUCCUAAAGAGGGUAAACAAUUGUCUUCAUAUUUAUCUUACAUUAUCCCAUCAAUCAACUUUGAUGGAUCAAACACAAGCAAGCAUCAACAUGAUCAUAAAAGAACUCAAUCAUCUUCUUCUGGAUAUAAUUAUGAGCAUUUUGAGUAUCAGGAUGUUCCACCAGAUACAUAUGUUGAUUGUGAUCCAACAGAUUUAACGAAAGAUGAAACAAUUAAUGAAGACCAAACCUCUAGAAGGAGUAGUAGUAGUUCCGAGGUUUUCGAAGAAGCAAACGAGAUGCAAACUCCAAAGACUUCAAAGAAGUCCCCACCACUUAAUCUUUCAGACGACUCUACUUUUAUAUCUCCUGAGUUGUAUGAAUUUUUUGAAUCGUGCCUCCCUAAUAUAGUAAAAGGACGUCAAUGGGUCUUACUUUAUAGUACGUUGAAACAUGGGAUAUCACUUCGUACACUUAUUCGCAAGAGUGCUGAGCUUUCUGGUCCUGCUUUACUGAUUGUUGGAGAUAGGCAAGGUGCUGUGUUUGGCGGGCUGCUAGAAUGCCCCUUGAAACCUACAGCAAAGAGAAAAUAUCAAGGGACAAACCAAACUUUUGUCUUUACAACUAUAUACGGUGCGCCAAGGCUGUUUCGACCUACUGGUGCCAACAGGUAUUACUAUAUGUGUAUGAAUGAUUUACUUGGACUUGGUGGUGGCGGUAAUUUUGCUUUAUGCUUAGAUGGAGAUUUGUUAACUGGAACUAGUGGACCUUGUGAUACAUUUGGAAACUUAUGUCUAGCUCAUAGUCCAGAAUUUGAGUUGAAGAAUAUUGAGCUGUGGGGUUUCACACAUGCUAUUCGAGGCUAAGAUAACUCUAUUUGGAUGUCCAAUAGAAACUCUCCUGUUUUUUCUUCUACUCUUCAAAUGUGGUUUAGCUUCGAGAGGCUGAACGUUUACACAUCCGCGAUCGAUCAAUUUGAUAUACUGUCAAACAUUCCCAUGUUCUGGUUGGUAGAUUACAUGCUUAAAAUUAAAUUUUCCAAAUUUUGGAUUUGUGGAACACGCGUGGUCGGAACGCAAUUUGUAUAGUAAAACAUUUAAAAGGGAUGGAAUCAAAAUUGAUGUUUAUAGUUCAAUGGAACAAUGUUAUAGCCACAGUGGCUGGCUGUAUUAAUUAUUAACAUCAGAAGUAACUCUUGGGAUUAUAAUUUAAUUUGGCAGCAGCAAUUCAUGUAUGUACCAAAGGGCCGUUAUUGAGCAGAUUAUAAUUAUUCAGUUAGCUCUUAUUCUUUAUGUAAUGUUAUUGAAA